UCACCCCUCCUUUUGACCUUGUGUGUUUUCUAAUAAAAAAAGAGUACGUGAGAGGCUGGUUCAGAAAGUGUUUGGAGACUGUAACUGGCCUGUCUCUCACGUCCUCUUGAUCAGAAGAAAGACGACUUCUUGUCCGUUAUUUGUGCAACUAUUCCAGCAAGUUAGGUGAUAAACUUGAGAUUUUCUUGAUCCUUCGAGCUGGAUUCAAAGAUAUCCGAAGAUCCCAGCUUCAGAGUCGACCUCCAGGAAGACCGUGGCCACGGCAACACAGACCCGUUAAGGGACUGGUCCUUGAACUCUCUAACCGGGAUCUGAGGGUUGACGGAAAUCCAACUGACAAGAAGACGUCUUGAUUUCCACUUCGUUGACUAAAUUUUGAGGAAGAACUGGCUUGAUCUUCACCAUGGAAGAAAACGCUCCUCGAGACGCGGAGCGCCCCAAGGACUCUGGUGAGGAGUCCAAUCGAGCUGUCCUGCCUCUUAUGAUGCCGCCUGGCAACCAGCAGUCCCACAGGAUCACCAACUUUUACAUAGACAACAUUUUAAGACCGGAAUUCGGCCGGAAGAGAAAAAGUGCGACUCUGAUCCAAGAGGGGAUCGCAAGAAGAGAUGAGGUGGGAAUCGACCCCACAAGUGGCAACCCUGAUGUGGACGCAAGAGCGGCAGGAGUAGGGGAUGGCUCCGGAUCAUCCGACGGGAAGCAUCCCCGAAAGAAAGAGCUGAUAGGCAGAGAGGAGACUGAGAAGGUCCUAGGAGACGACCAAAACCGCUGCAGCAGCCCCCAGGCCAGUUCAGCAUCCAAUGGGGCCAAACAGAUGCUGUGGCCGGCCUGGGUUUAUUGUACCCGCUACUCAGACCGUCCGUCGGCAGGGCCCAGAUCCCGGAAGCCAAAGAGGGCUCGGACCCCUACUAAAGAAGAUAAGCGACCCCGGACAGCGUUCACCGUCGAGCAGCUGUACAGACUCAAGACUGAGUUUCAGACUAACCGCUACCUGACCGAGCAGCGGAGACAGGACCUGGCUCGAGAACUUGGACUCAACGAAUCUCAGAUCAAAAUCUGGUUUCAGAACAAAAGGGCCAAAAUUAAAAAGGCCAUGGGAAAUAAAAACUCGCUGGCGCUGCAUCUCAUGGCGCAGGGACUGUACAACCACACUUCGUCCAAGGACGCAAAGUCGGACAGCGAUUAGCCUGGAUGAUGACGAGCCUCUCUCCGAACCACGCAAUAAAAAGCACUUCCAUGCCAGCGUUGACAUUUAAAAUAAAGACCAGAUUCAAAUGAUUAAACAUAUUUGCAUAUCUGGAUGGGGGCGAACGUAGGCUCCUUGUCAUCAGGGCUGUGGACGUUUCAAGAGAAGCAGAACAAAUCAUAUUUCACAAAAAUGGCAAAAAAAAAAAAAAAAAAGGCAAAUACACACAGGAGGGCCUACAGUCCUGAGCUUGCAAACUCUAAACUCUUACGGGUUGAUAUUUAAUUUAAAGUGAAGCUAUCCCAGCUAUCAUCGGGCAGGAGGCAGGGUACACCCUGAACAGAUUACCAGUCAAUUGCAGGGUACAUGGAGACGGACAAUCGUCGCACUCACAAUCACACCGAGAGGCAAUUUAGAGUGUCCAAUUAAUGUUACUUUUUUUUUUUUUUUUCUUAAAGCGGAAGGCCCGGAGAAAACCUACACAGGCACGAGGAGAAUAUGAAUAUGCAAAAUCCACAAAGGCGGGGCCUGGAUUUGAAACCCGGUCCUCAGAACUGAGUCCAACGCUCUAACCAGUUGCUCCACUCUGGCGUCACGGCAAAAAAUAAAAACCGACAUAACCAAUACGCCUUUUAUGCGUUAACGAAGAGCCAAUUGAAGCUGAGGGACACACAUUUGGACUGACUGAGACAGGUGGCCUGCGCAGUACCAAACCACUACAGCCUGAGUCACUCUAGUGAUGAUAAAACUAUACGCUGAAGUCCAAAGAUUUAUUGUUGUUGUGCUACCUUCUGCUCUUUUUGUUCAGAAAUGUGUUUCGUGUUUUCUGAAUGAAUUUUCCAUUGUAGCCGUAAGUAUCUUGUUGACUCAUUUAGUGCCCGUUUAGCUGCGGAUCCGGUUCGCUCUCAAUUUAGCCUUUGAUGGGUGCCUCCACCGAAAUUUGGAAAGACAAAAUUUUGGGGAGCAUACACGCAAGCGCGAGCGUGCACAAACGCAGGCACACGGACGCACCCACAGUUUUCAUUCUUGCUUAAACUUUCCUAUUUAAUGAGCAGUUUCAUGAGCAUAGAGUUGAAUAGCUCCACGUGAUUGGCAUAGAAAUAACACGGUUUACACAAGCCAUUCCUGAUUUGAAUAAGCCUCCCAAACAACAGACGAUGACAAAAUGUAGUCUUUGAUUUACUUUUAUUAUGAAGCAGCUCAGUGAUCAGCAGCCGACUGAAAUACCUUCAAGAAAUCCCAUUAACUCCUAUGCAUGGUGUGUUCAGGGAACAGGGUUUUCAUUCAAAUGUAAAGUGUUGACAUGGCACCAAAAUAUAUGGAUCUAUAGUACUAUAGGUUAUACGUACAUGCACCCACGAAUGUUCAACCGUUUUUUUUUUUAAGUUUCAGAAAAAAAAUCUAGAUAUUCCUAUUUAUAAUAAAACAAGCAUGUUUGACUCGUGUUUACAUAAGUUAUUUUUCCUGGAAUACAAUUUGCUUUUCCUCUAAGGUCUUUUGUUGACCACAGUUAAUACAAUACUGUAAAUGUCUUUUGUUUCCUUCUAUAUUUUUCUCGACAGAUUAAAAAAAAAAAACUUCGUUUGCCUUAAAAUUAUGCAACUAUAAGCGAACAUGUUGCAGUGUUGUUAAGAGAUCGGGGCAGUGUUUUCUAUAUGGCAAAUGGAACACGGACAUUGAAAACCAUAAAAUAAAGACUCCAACCAGUCAUUUGCUCCUCAGCCAUGGCAUACGUUGUCUUUUACAUGAUGUUAUUUGUCAUCAACUUUUUAAUGAGUGUGUGGGGGCAUUAACACAGAGGAAGGUGAUUGUUGGGAUUUUAUUUUGGCAAAAAACAAAAUAAAUGUUAGCAAAUCAGUAAAUCAAGUAGAUGAGUGUCAUCUGGAACCAAUUUGGAUAACCAUAGCAUUGAGAUGGACAUACAACAUAGCUCUGCAGGUGCAUAUAAAGGCAGACUAGGAAAAACUUCACAAAUUAAUAAAUAUACAAACUGCACAUCUUAAGGGCUGCGUAUAGCAAAUAAAGUUUCCACCGAGUAAGAUACAAGUUAUAUAAAUUGAACCACCACAGAAUAUUUACGCAAAUCAUGUGGAAAUAUGUCCGAGAAAAAUAAAAUUUUUACCUUUAACUGUUCACAAGACGCAUAGAAAAAAAAUAACGUUUAGGAUUCAGUCACUAAAUGAGGAAAAAACAACAACAAAAUUAUUUUGCACAAAUGUUAAUAAUGGAAGGGAAAGUUUCUUGGGAUCUAGACAAUGUAAAAUGUCUUUACGGCAAAAUGUGUUAAAAAAAGAGUGGGGUAACUGAUAAGGAAUACAUUUUGAUUUUUAGAAAAUAUAAGUUCACUCCUUGUGUAUAAAAAACGUGUUCCUCAAUAGUUAUCCACUUGGUUAAAACUACAAAAUGGUCUCAAGUAUACCUUUGUAGCAAUAGUGUGGCAAAUACUUCGGAAAACAAGAGGCGAUUGUAACUUGAAAACAAAUAGUUCAUUGAAUCUCCUUUCACCAGAAUUUGGGGGUGAAACAAUAAAGAAAAUCAAAGAACAAGAAAAAAGGGUUGUCGUGUUUGCACCAAACUAAGGAGUUAUCUAUGACUCCUCACCAGAAACUUUGACUUGGACUAUGAAUGGCUGCUUGAGGACUUCAUCUGCAUUUUCUUUUAUUAGCUGUCUUGUAUAUGGAAGUAACACCCAACACUCACUGACUUGAUAAGCUGAGCCCUUGACUUGAGACGGGAAGGGGGGAAGGCGCUGAACAGAGCCAUAGUCUGUGUUUGGCAGUUGAAGUGAUGGAGAGUGCAGGGAGGAGGCAGAGUGGCGAGAACUAUAAUAAUCAGAGAACCUGGACGAAGGUCAAAAAUACUUUGGGUGUCCGUGCAAAUAACAGCAGGUGCCUGAGCUGGUGCCAAGAUUGGUGAGAAAAGGACAUCAAUCUGCUCAGUGAUUCCAUCUGUGGCAUUAUUCCAUAUUCAAAUGCUUCUUGUAACUAAAUGUGAUGCACUUGUUCUCACAAUGUGAUCAUUUCAUAUGGAUGACAUCAAUGCAUUCAUUGAGAGUGUUUUGUAAAAGUGACAUGAUUAUAGAUGAAAACCAGUGAAAGUUACGGAAAUAGUAAAAAAAAACAAAAAACAAACAAACAAAAAAAAACGUCAAAGGGAUAGGCUUCAACACUCCCACAACCCUUGUGAGGAUAAACGGCUGGCAAAAUGGAUGGAUGGAUAAAAGGCUAUAGCUACUUUUGUGAGUUUAUUUGAUAUAGUUGCUUAUCAGGGAAUAAUGUAAAAUACUGACUUUACAACUAUGACAAAAUGCACACACCCAUUUGUGAUACCUAGUAAAGUAAGGAUUUGAUAGCUACUGAGUUACGCCUGGUGUUUUAAAGAGAGACUUUAUAGGACACAGGACACAGACACUCUAUUUUCACCCAUCCAACCAUUUUCUGAACUCCUAAUACUCACUAGGGUCGUGGGUGUGGUGGAGCUAACUGUGGGCAAGACAUAAGGUAAAUCCUUAACUGGUCACCAGCCAAUUGAAGGGCACACUGAAACAGCCAACCAUUUACAAUCACAUUCACAUCUAUGGGCAAUUUAGAAUCUUCAAUCCUUUUACCAUGCAUAUUUCUGGGAUGUGGGAUGAGAAGAUCCAUGCAGGCAUGGGGAGAAAAUGCAAACUUCACACAGGCGAGAUCGAGACUUGAACCCUGGUCUACAGAACUGUGAGGAAGAAGUGCUCAGUUUUAUUUUCUGGUUGUAAAAUUAUUUCUUUUCAUUUUUUCAUGAUUAUCUUGAAUAUGGACAACUACGCUGAACAAAACAACACAAAAUGUGACUAAAAAGUUUUUUCUUCCCCAACACAUCUGCACUGUCAAAAUAAUUAAACAACCAAAUAGAUAGAGUGAAGUUUAAAUUUCAAAGCAACAUUCAAACUUCAAUAACAUUUGAAAUUGGGCAAUCCAACAAAAUUUUUUAAGUUUUGCUUUUGUGAACGAUAGCUUCACGCAUUUCACAACAAUGAAGCGAGUUUUAAUAGUGAACACUUUAAAGUUUUGCCAACUAAAGUAAUUCCAGUUUUAGGCCCAAAAAUACAAGUUUUGUUGUUGCUGUGUUUACAGUGUACCUUUGUUCUCCAUGAUCAAAACACAGUCAAUGGGAUUAUUAAAAUCUGUUUUAAUCUGUUACUCUUUAAAUGUGGAGAAAAAUAUUUCUGCUUGUGUAACAGUUUUUUAAAGUUCAUGUCCUUUCACUUGUCCAAAAUGCCACCCAUUGAGCAAGAGGUAAAAAGCUAGACAAAUACAGCCGUGGAUUCCAACCUUUAUGGAACCAAGGCACAUAUUUUACAAUUAAAAAAUUUCAAAGCACCCCAAAGAACAAAAAUGUCACAAAAUGUGGAUAUAUUAAUUACUCUAUGUACUUCCAGCCAAGAGGAGCAUUUAAUUGAUCUGUCACUAUUUCUCACUGGCAUAAAUAAAGAUACUGUACAUUACUUAUUGGGAAUAACUUUUUUUGGAAGCAUGCGAAUGAAUUUGGAUAAUUUCCCACGGCACACCUGAUGAGCGCUAACAGCACACUGGUUGAUAAUCAAUGAAAGGGAAAAGAAAAAUCAUAUUCAAAUUCCGAUGUCCCUUGUGUCUCUGAGACAAAAGAUGACCCAUCAAGUUUUCCAUAGUUCUCUAAAACGCUUCCUACUCAAACCUGAAAUAUGGAAUGAAGGGGAUGAGGGCUUUGUGGCGGAAAUAUAAUUACGGCACUGAAAGCUGGAGAAGAUUGAGAAUGGGGGAUGACAUCAGACCAAUUUCACACCCAGACUUUGGAUGGCCAGGCCAAGCUUGGGCCUUGCAGCGCUACACUGAUCAAAGCCUGCUGCAGCCGCCCCAAAAGCCAAAAAAGGAGAGACUUAAGUAUGCUAAUCUCCUGGACAAAUAUAUUUUAAUCUUGUUAGAAUACAAGUUAAUGCCACAGCUCAGUGACCAAACCUUAUACCAUAAAGGGGGGGGGAGAGAUAAAAAUUUCUAUUCACCAAUAUGAGUGGGUUAACUGAAAAAUGGGUACAUUUAUGAAUUGAUUUCACUUCAAACAUUUAUUAUUUUAUUAUAUAUUUGUUUUGUAGCAAUCAUCAGUGGGAUACAGCACACUUAUAUACAGUCAAUACACACAAACACACAGUGGAACAAAAAAAGUAUUUAGUCAUUCACCAAUUGUGCAAACUCUCCCUGUUGAAGAGAUGCAAGAGUCCUGUCAUUUUAAUCAUUUAUCAUAGUAUACCUCAUCUAUUAAAGACAAAAUGAGAAAAAAAUUCUGAAAGUCAUAUUGUCUGAUUUUUGAAGAAUUUAUUAUCAAAUUAUGGUGGACCUUUGCUGGCAAUGAUAGAGGUCAAAUGUUUUCUGUAAGUCUUCACAAGGUUUUUCCACACACAGAUGGUAGUAUUUUGGCCCAUUCCUCGAUUGAGAUCUUUAGAGCGGUGAUGUUUUGGGGCUGUUGCUGGGCAACACAGAAUUUCAAUUCCCUCUAAAAACCUUCUUUGGGGUUGAGAUCUGGAGACUGGCUAGGCCACUCCUGGACAUUGAAAUGAUUCUUACGAAGCCACUCCUUCAUUGCCUGGGCGGUCUGUUUGGGGUCUUUGUCAUGCUGAAAGACCCAGCCAAGUUUCAUCUUCAAUGUCCUUGCUAAAGGAAGGAGGUUUUCACUCAAAAUCUCGUGAUACACGAGAAUGGGGCCAUUCAUUCUUUCCUUUAUGGAUCAGCUGUCCAGGUACCGUUGCAUGAAAACAGCCUCAAAGCAUGAUAUUACCACGACCAUUGUUCACAGUAGGUACAGUGUUCUUUGGAUUCAACUCACACUUAAGGUCACAUUUUAGACUUGGUCAUCAUUUACAAUGUUGAAAUUCUUAUUAAUAGAUAGAUGUGCCCUGUGUUUCGCUGCCAACCAGUUCAGGGUAUACCUAGCUUCCUGCCUGAUGAAAGCUGGAAUUGGCUCCAACACUCCCGCAACCCUUGUGAGAAUAAGCGGCUUUUUGUGCAUUGUUCGAAGAACAGAUUCUUCAAAAGUUCAGACCUUUGUUUUUUAAGCUACGGUACAUAAAUGAGAGUACUGUCACUAAGUGUAUGGAGAACAUAGCUGUGGGACAAACUGUGAAUGCUAAGACAUUUGAUGGAUUUUUUCAUGAUUUCACCGAAAAAAAAUUCUAUGUAAUAAAAAAACUUAGCUCCAAAUUGACUAUGACCUAUAGAGAUAAUGUCUGUAAUUUAAAUCAGUAACUGAAUUCAGAUACAGAAAUCAGUUCAUGUUUGUUCAUUUUCUAAUUGUCAAGUUCAAAUGAAGUAUUUUUUUAGAAAAAAAUAAAGCAAUGGAAAUUCAAAUGUUGAUGUUUAUCUGAUUCACUCAAUCAAAAAACAAACAUCUAUUAUAAACCCCAUUUCCAAUGAAGAUGAGAUGUGUAAGGCAGAAAUACAAUGAUUUGCACAUCCUUCAAAUCUAAAUUUUAAUACAGUACAAAAUCGAGAUAUUUAAUAUUCAAACUGAUGAAAGUUAUUCUUUUAGGCAAAUCUCAUUUUGAGUUUGAUACUUCAAGAUACUCCAAAAAGAUGGAACAGGGGCAAUCAAUACCUGAGAAAGUUGAGGAUUGCUCACAUGAGAAUGCCAAAAUUGGGUGCAAAUAAAGUGUACCCUGAAAGGCUCAUUUGGUUACAAAGGGGUUCACCUCUUUGCAAACAACUUUGUGAGCAAAAAGUCCAACAGUUUAAGAAUCAUUUUGCUAAUUUUAGAGUUGCAGAGGUUGAGGGAUUUCAUCAUUAUGUUCCAUAACAUCGUCAAAAGAUUCAGAGAAUCAGGUGAAAGGCCGAAAACCAUUGACUGCCCAUGCCCUCCGAUCCUUUAGGCAGCACUGCAUUAAAAACUGGCAUGAUUGGGAAAAGGGGAUUGAUAAGUGGGCUCACUUCAUAAAAAGCAUUGUCAGUUAAAAGAAUUUGCUAUUAUGUCUACAAAAGCAAAUUAAUAUUCUACUAUGCAAAGCGAAAGCCAGAGAUUAACAACACCCAGAAAUGCUACCUACUUCUCUGGGCUCAAGCUCAUUUAAGAUAAGUGAAAGAGAGAAACGUGUGUUGUGAUCUGAUGAGUGCACAAAUUGAUUUUUCAAAUUUGCAAAUCAUGGAUGUCUUGUCCUUCAGACCAAAGAGGAAAAGCAUCACCCAGAUUUUUAUCAACACAAAGUUAAAAAGCCAGCAUUUGGAGUGAUAUGUAGGAUGAGCUAAUGCCCAUGGCAUGGGUAACUUGCAUUUCUUUGACAACACCAUUGAGUCUGAAAGGUACAUACAGGUUUUAGAGAGACAUAUGCUGCCAUCCAAGCAACAUCUUAUUCAGGGACGUGUCUGUUUAUUUCAAGAAGAAAAUGCCAUGCUAAAUUCUGUAUGUGUUACAAUAAUGUGACUUUAUAUUAAAAGUACUGGACUGGCCUGCCAGCAGUCCAGACCAGUCUCCCAUUGAAAACGGAUUGAUGCAUUGUCCUGUAAUAAAUCAAAUAUCACUGAAAAGUACUUAAAAUGUACUGUAUUUGAAAAAGGCUAUAUUUAUAACCACAAUUCUAAUACGUUAUAUUGUUUUGUAAGUUUUAGAUACUGUUAAUUUAAUUAUAAUCUAAUUUUGUGAUUCUUUCACAUAAUAUUUGGGAGCCUGGGCACCACUAAUAGUAGUGCUCAUACCAUGUGCACUUCCAUUCACUUUGGGAAUUGUGGGAGGAGUUUUGCUUCAUUAAUGAGCUCAUCGGAAAGGGAUGGACAAACCAGCAUAUAAAGCGGAGCCAGCAUUGUACAAGCAAAAUGAGAGGGGCCAGGGAGAACUUUUCAGUUUUCAAUAAAUGGAAGUUUUGAAUGAUCUAAGGGUUGGCUUGGAGACAGAAGAGUCAAAAGAAGGAGUCAUGCCAUGUCACCUGUAACAAAACUCCUUCAACUCUGUACAUCUGUGCAUCUGGGUCAUUUCAACACACUGUGACAAAUAGUCCUGGCCUUCUACCAGUGUAGUUUUCUGGGUGUGCUGCCCCCCGUUUUAAAUGCAGUGUUAGGCAGGAUGACCACUUAUAUGUAAAUCUAAUUGUCGUAUACUUGAGACGAAUUCAUUAAUUAGAAUUUCAUGAUAAGGAAUGGUACAUUGGCUUUGUUAGCAUACAUUCAAGUUGUUUAUUAUUAUUAUUUUUACAUUGACUUGUUCACACAAAGAUAAUUGGCUGUGCAACUGUGGAAGGAAAGUGAACUCCUGAUUCACACAGAAAUUGAGGAGUACAAUGUCUUGCUCAAAAGUACAUAAACAUGGAGCCUUGGUUCCAACUUACAACCUUCCUGUUUCGAGAUUUCUGAGAUGUCCACAAGUAUUCUUUUGUUAAAACCCAUUCGUGGGCAUCAUCCCAUUUUUGGGACAUCAAGAUUUUCACACAUUAUAUCCUUCAGUAUAUCAAAAUAUUUAAGUGUUUUAAUCUGAAGCUAUAAUUUGGUAUCAGGAGAGGAUAACGCAUUGGUCUAAGUUAGCACAGAGUUAUUUCCCUUUCCUUCCUGACCCAACAUGGCUGUCUCAAGUACACAUGGAGCGUUUUCCAAGAGAAGAAAGGGAGAAAGGUCAGUAUGCAACCAAGUUUGUCUUCAAAAUGCUAAUCCAUCAGUAUUAUUAAUGCUAAGUGUCGUUCGAGAAUAAGAAUGAAUUAAUAAAUCUAUCUCUAGUAUGAACCUCUUCAUAGAACUGAUAUCAUACCCGUCCCAGUUUUGGGACGCUGCCCGUGAGAGGGUACAUCAUUUUUGCCCUUUGCUCUUAACUUAACCAUAAACGAAAAAGAAGUGUUAUUUCCUUGAAUGUAGCCUGCUAGGAGAUUAGUAUCUCAAUAAGGCAAAAAAUUGCCACACAAACUAAAUUCCCAAACUGCAUUUAUGACAGG